AAUGCACUUCCGAUGAGGGUGUGGCCUGGAAAACGGCUUUUUGACAAAACUGUCAUUUGAUGGGUCAGCUAUGGACAGACAUGGCACUUCUGCUGUCUUCAAAAUAAUGUCACCAGACCCCUUUCCUGUUCUCUGCAUUCCCGAAAGAUCUAGUCCCUAAUCUAGGCUCAAGCUUUUCCUCGGCCUUGGAGAAUAGAGAAGACUUACCUGGGGACAGCUUCCUGGCGCUGAAAAAUCCUGACCAUUAUCCCCGAACAUGAAUGCUCGAAGGGCAGAGUUACAAGACCGGGCCAUCGUCAAAAUAGCAGCUCACCUACCAGACCUCAUUGUCUAUGGAGAUUUCUCUCCAGAGCGGCCGUCAGUGAAAUGUUUUGAUGGAGUUCUGAUGUUUGUUGAUAUUUCAGGUUUUACUGCCAUGACUGAGAAGUUCAGCACAGCCAUGUACAUGGACCGAGGGGCCGAGCAGCUGGUGGAGAUCCUUAACUACUACAUAAGUGCAAUAGUGGAGAAAGUGCUGAUUUUCGGAGGAGACAUCCUAAAAUUUGCAGGUGACGCACUGCUGGCCCUGUGGAAAGUGGAACGGAAGCAGCUGAAAAACAUCAUCACAGUGGUGAUAAAGUGCAGCCUGGAGAUCCAUGGCUUGUUCGAGGCCAAGGAGGUUGAAGAAGGCCUGGAUAUCCGGGUCAAGAUAGGACUGGCUGCGGGCCACAUCACCAUGUUGGUCUUCGGGGAUGACACUCGCAACUACUUUCUGGUGACUGGCCAGGCGGUAGAUGAUGUGCGCCUUGCGCAGAACAUGGCCCAGAUGAACGACGUCAUUCUGUCCCCAAACUGCUGGCAGCUCUGUGACCGGAACAUGAUUGAAAUUGAGAGGAUUCCGGAUCAGAGGGCAGUUAAGGUUAGCUUCUUAAAACCACCCCCGACUUUUAACUUUGACGAAUUUUUCAACAAGUGUAUGGCCUUCAUGGAUUAUUAUCCUUCCGGUGACCACAAAAACUUCCUAAGGCUCGCCUGCAUGCUGGAGUCUGAUCCUGAUCUCGAGUUGUCCCUACAAAAGUAUGUGAUGGAAAUCAUUUUGAAGCAGGUAUUUUCAUAAUUCAGUGUGUUCAAAUGAGGUGUCAGG